UAAAUUGCAUCAACAGAUAUUAAUUAGUAUAACAAUUUCAAGAGAUCCGGCGAUGGGAAUUAAAAUCCUGUGCUCGCUUGCGCUCGCACUAUGCUAUGUUUACGGAGUUCAUUCAGCCGUAAUCACCAUAAAGAACAACUGCCGCUUCGAAAUUUGGCCAGCAACAGUAACUGGAAAAGGUGCAGCACCUCCGACAGGCUUUGCUUUGGCUCCCGGCGCUUCAACAACCGUCAACAUUCCUGCGCCAUGGUCAGGCAGAUUCUGGGCUCGAUUCGGGUGCUCAAACUCUGGCGGCAGAUUCAGCUGUCAAAGUGGAGACUGCGGUUCGGGUCAAAUCUCAUGCAACGGGGCCGGCGGCCGGCCUCCAGCAACCCUUGUUGAAUACACACUAGGAGGAGAUGGUAACAAAGAUUUCUAUGAUGUUAGUCUUGUCGAUGGAUUCAAUAUACCAGUAUUUGUGAAGCCCGACAGAGCUUGUCCCUCAACAAGUUGUCCUGCCGACAUCAACCGCAACUGCCCGAAUCAAUUGGCCGUCAGAAACCCGAGGGGUGCAAUAAUUGGCUGUAAAAGUGCAUGUGUUGCUUUUAACCAACCGCAGUAUUGCUGCACUGGUUCCUUCGGUUCUCCAGCGACGUGCAAGCCGACAAGCUACUCCCAGAUGUUCAAGCGGCAGUGUCCUCAGGCCUAUAGCUAUGCUUAUGACGAUACAUCUAGCACGUUUACAUGUCCAACCGGGGCUAACUAUCUUGUUACUUUCUGUCCCUAACUAAAUAAUUAAUUAUUGACGUUGCAUGCGAAUAAGAAUUGGAUACUGAAA